AAAAACUCCAAAAGAGCAAAAAAAAUCUAGAUAUAGAUAUAUAUUGAUUUAAAAUUACUUUUUGAUAUUAUCGAGCCCAGUCCAGUUUUCGUGUUCUGGACCAAUAUCUAACAUCAAGCUACCAAGAUUAUCCUUGAUUGGUAAUAGUGCUACGCCUUUUUACUGUGCCCCCCCCUCUUGUGAGUCAGAAUGCCGGUCACGGAGAAGCAAUACCAAGAUGAUUUAAAGGCUGCCAUUGAACGUAAUAUAUCGUUACAGGACGGUAGAACGCCUUCCCGAUUAGGUGGCACUGUUUGUCAAGAACCAAUACUGCCCAGUCCUACGCCGUCGUUAACGUCAUCGUCAAUCGAUCAGGGUGGUGGAGGAUAUGAUGGUGGUACUAUUGCUACCAAUAAGUUACAAACAGUGACAUCUAACGAUAGUGACGAGUUCAAAUUUAAUACAGGAGUUCCUCAAGAUGUUGUGAUAUCUCCCAGUAGUCCCUCCGAUUUAGAUACGAAGGAUAUGGAAAUUCAAAAUCGAAAUAAACAGCGGGAUGUACAAUCAAGGGUAGAAUCUAAUAAACUUCGAAUUAUUAAAUCAAAUAGUUCUUUGAAAUCUUUAGAUCAUUUUGAAAAUUUGAACGGACCUUCUAUGGGGAAUAAAAUCCCAAGAUUUCAAAAUACAUAUCUUCGACCUAAUGCAAAGUUUGUUGGAGAGCAACUUUCAGAUAAAUCAAGAUAUCCAGUAGAAGUGCAGUUUAAAACCAUUGAUCUUGCAAAUUCUCUAGUAACUGGGUUUUUACAAAUUUCUGGACUUACUGAAGAUCAUCCGGAUAUUACGACAUAUUUUAAGGGAGAAAUUAUAAAUAACCCAUUAAAUAAAUUUCAAUGGAGAGAAAAUAUCCAACCAAGGGAUGAAAAUAUUAAUAAAUUUUCAUUUUCUACAGAAAAUAGACAAUGGGGGUCAUAUUUUAAAAAUGAUCUUGAACAUUGGGAGAUUUUAACUCAAGUACGAGAUUCAACUGAAGCACAAGUGAUACAAAAACUCCAUCAAAUUCAAAGUAAAGAUCAUAAGAAUCAAUACAUCUAUAUGAGAUGGAAAGAGGAAUUUUUAGUUCCAGAUUCAAGGGUAAAACUGAUAAAUCGUGCAUCAUUUGAAGGGUUUUAUUACAUUGUAUUAAAUAUUGGAGAUGGAAGAGUUGGUGGGAAUGGGAAGGGUAAUGGGAAAGGUUUAGGAAAUAUCACAACUACUUUGGGAACCCCCGGAUCAAUUAGUGGGUUGUAUUAUUAUAAGGAUUCAGAGAAAUUUCAAUCUCUUAGUUUGGGGUACGUGAAGGAACAAGGUGGAACUAGUAAUUUUCAAUUUUGUUAGAUAUAAAUGAUUAUAUAUAUAUAUAUACAUUUCAUAAUUUAACUCAA